GAGGGAUUUAAUCUCAAAGGCAAGAGCUUAGAUCUGAUUUCCAUUAGAGCGCGUGUUAAGCACAGACGCUAUUGAGGUCUACCCUAUCAACUCUGUCGGUUUAGUUGCUACUAGUAUAGGAAGAGAGAGAAUGCAUGUACGGAUACUGUGCCUAGGUCAAUGUAGCAUAGCCCAAUUCCUCACUAAACAUCGUAACGUUGUUUAAAGAAGCAGCUGAUCGCUUCUGACUUGCUUGCUAGGAUCAGAGGGCUCAUGAUUCAGACGGGUACAUGUUAUGCAUUCGAAUUCAUCCACUGCCUUUGUUCCAUCAGUCUUCUGUGACAGCGCGCCCAUGGACUGUUGUAUUAAAGAGGUGCCCAGAGUGGGGGACCAGGUCCCCUGCAUGCACGCUGAUCCAAACGAGUGGGAGUGGCAGUAGGAGUGGUUACGUGUAUUCUGCUCAGGAGCCCGGCUAAUAGGAGAUCGUGAACCUGAGAACGACGCGUGCGCCUCUGACGUCCUGGACCCGAUUGUCCGAGAUCUUCGCGGAUCUAGAAAUAGAAACUACCCACACCCACGCCUCGUUUCUUCCACAAAGCCAUGACUGAGUCAGCACGUCCAAAGGCCUUCUGGCCGCGGCAGAUGAUACCGCCCACGCCCGAAAGCUUCAAAGAGCUGGCCAGAGACGGCGGGGAGCGACUGGCUGCCGUCUCGCUGGCUCAGAUCCCGGCUAUCCCGGCCGGCGCCAAAAUUCAUGACAAUGGCUGCGGAUCGGGUGCUGCGACGACCGCCAUCAUGGCCUCGCUGCCGCCGGGGGUAGCAGCCUCCAUCAGCAUCACGGGCACGGAUAUUUCGAGAGGCGCCGUGGACUCGUAUCGCGCUCGGGCGGGGUCCUCAUCAUGGCCGGCCGAGGGGCUCGUCAUGGACGCCGACUCGCUCUCGUUCCCAGACGAGACCUUUACUCACAGCUUUGGCAAUGCGAUGAUCUUUGUGGGCCCGCGAAAUAACGGCGUUGAUGCCGUCAAGGAGAUGCAUCGCACGCUGAAACCGGGGGGCACGCUGCUCUUGAACUGCUUCGGCCAUAACAACGUGCUUGAGCCUAUCCGCAAGGCAUCUCGGGCGACCCGCUCGGAUGGCAUAUUGCCGGAAUGGGAUUCAUUCGAGCAGUGGACAGAUCCCAGCCUUAUAGCCGGCAUUGUGGAGGCUGGUGGCUUUGAAAAGGAGGCCAUCAAGGUGGUGCAGUGCCACAUGUUUGUGAAUGUCGGAAACUAUGAGCGAGCCACGACGCUGGUCUGGAGCAUGAGGGGAAUGCCAAGCGGUGGAUGGACCGAGGAAGAUGAGGAGAAGUGGGAUGAGGCCGUCGAGAUUGUGAGGCGCGAGCUGCAGCAGACGGACGGGUUCAGAAUGCUCGACGAUGGUACUGCAGAAGUCAAGUAUCCCGUUAUUGUUGUAACAGCGACCAAAUAGUCGGCGCCUCGAAGGGCGAGAAAAUUAUGGCGCACAGGCUGAGAAGAGAAACAUUGAGCAAAAUUGUGAUGAUAUAACAAGGGAACUGUAAAUAUAAAAUUUAUACAAUGAUCUAAAAGCCUCAGAAGACGAAUCCAAUCAUGUGGAAUCUCGUCACAAUCGGAACCUAAGGCAAGGUCGAGUCAGAUAUGUAAGUUCAUUAUUAUGUAUAAGAUUAACUGCCAGUAUUUCAAC